GUAAUUUUAUAUUAUAUUAACAUAUACAAUAAAAUAUGAAAUAAACAAUUAAGACGGAAAUUAGUAUUUUAAAUGUGCUGUUAGUAUCUGCAGAUGUCAUUGUUGCAGCUCCUUGCUGUUGAAGACUCAUUUGAACCAGUAGAAGUGACAUCACGUCCCUAUGGAAAUAUGUCCCGGGGAGGCCCCUCCCUGUCCCGGUGACAUCAGCCGGAGCUCGGCUGCUUUCCUCCAGGAGCUCUCGGUGGAUCCGCUCUCUCUCUCACUCAUCCAAGCACCGCCACCGGGAGAGAGAGCUCGACGGAAUCGGCGCCUGCUCGGCUGUUAUCGCUGUUUUUUUUCCUUUCAUGGGACAAAAUAAGACUUCUUUUCCGCCAGAGAUCAUGGGAGGCUGUUGACAUCCAACCUUGCCACUUGCUAAAAGGACAGAGUAGCCUGAACACCUACUGGUGCACUUGGUGACAGGUCCAAAAAUGGCCGCCCAUCGAAUCAGAGCCACCAACAACAACAAUACUUCUCUCCCUCGCUGCAAGUCCGAGGGAACGCUCAUUGAUCUCAGCGAUGGAGUGUCCGAGGCCAGCCUCACUGAUGUCAAAGUGCCUUCUCCCAGUGCCUUACGACUGGAUGCGACUGCCUCCUUCGGCACUGCCCGGGAAGUUGUUGCAAUCAAGGACUACUGCCCAUCCAGCUUCACCACCUUGAAGUUCUCCAAAGGGGACCGCCUCUACGUCCUGGACUCUUCGGGAGGAGAAUGGUGGUACGCCCACAACAACACAGAGAUGGGUUACAUCCCUGCAGCUUAUGUGGAGCCCAUCAACUACAGAGAUUCGUCAUUCAGUGACAGCGGGAUGAUUGACACUCUGGGAGACUGUAAUGAGGAGGCAGCCAAAGAAAUGGACCUUCUAGGAGAGUGGGCAGGAGUGAUUCUGAAACCAACCACCUUCCAGAAUGGAAAUCCCUUUGCAACAAACCAUACCUCUACAAAUCCUUUCCUAAACGGGGGUCCUCAGAGCUCUCUUGAUCAGAAUAGUAAUGAGAAAUCAGUCGACCUCCUUCUAUUUGAUACACUCACUCCUUCAGUGCCCAACUCCACCAGCAGCACUUCUGACAUUAAUGGUUUUGGCAGUGGCAUUUUUAAUUUGAAUCCUCUUAGUCCCUCAGUAGGGAUGGGGCAAACGUUGCGCAGGGACAACCCUUUUUUUAGAAGCAAACGUUCCUACAGUCUGUCUGAACUUUCCAUCCUGCAGGCCCAGUCCGAUGCCCCUCAGACCUCUAGUAGUUUCUUUGGAGGUCUUAAAGCACCGGCACCAGAACAGUUCCAGAGCAGGGAGGAUUUCCGGACAGCAUGGCUCACCCACCGCAAGUUGGCCAGAUCUUGCCAUGAUUUAGAUUCACUGGGUCAAAACCCAGGCUGGGGCCAAACACAGCCAGUCGAGACAAAUAUUGUCUGUAGGUUGGACAGCUCAGGAGGUGCUGUCCAGCUCCCAGAUACCAACAUCAGCAUCCACAUACCUGAGGGCCACGUGGCCCCAGGGGACACACAACAGAUCUCAAUUAAAGCUCUGCUUGACCCACCAUUGGAGCUCAACAAUGACCGCUGCACCACUGUCAGCCCUGUGGUGGAGAUUAAACUCAGCAACAUGGAAACCAAAACCACCAUUACCCUGGAGAUGAAAGUGUCUGUUGUAGUAAAAAUGGAGAGCAGGCAGACGACUGAAGUCUUGUGUGUCCGGAGUGAUUGUAAAGAGGGUCCUUAUUCUCCCAUUCCUCAGGCAUACAUGUAUGGGGACACAGUCCAGGUGUGCCUGGAUAACCUUGAGCCAUGUAUGUACGUGUGUGUCGUGGCUCAGGCCCAGUCCAUAUCUCCGGACUCCACAGUUUGGGAGCAUGUGGUCAAAAAAAUCACUUUAGGAGUGUAUGGCCCCAAACACAUUCACCCGUCCUUCAAGACAGUCGUGGCUAUGUUUGGCCACGAAUGUGCCCCAAAGACACUAUUGGUAAGUGAGGUUGGCAAGCAGGCACAGUCUGCACCACCAGUUGUGCUGCAGCUCUGGGGUAAACACCAGUUUGUCCUGUCUAGACCUCAGGAUCUGCGUGUUGGAGUUUACUCCAACAUGGCCAACUAUGAGGUAAAAGCCAGUGAUCAGGCCAGAGUGGUUCGGGGCUUCCAGGUUAAAUUGGGCAAAGUCAGCAGGCUCGUCUACAUCAUUGCAUCACGCAACACAGAUGAUGUUUCAGAUUUCACGUUAAGAAUCCAGGUCAAAGACGACCAAGAUUGUAUACUGGCUCAGUUUUGCGUUCAGACACCAACACCACCACCCAAAACAGGCCAAAAGACAUCUGUGCAACGGCGAUUCCUGAAGAAGAAGGAAGUGGGCAAGAUAGUCUUGUCUCCUCUGGCCAUUGCCACCAAAUACCCCGUUUUCCAAGACAGGAGAAUAAACAACCUGAAAUUUGGGAAAUUGAUCAAAACUGUCAUCAGACAAACAAAAAACCAGUACUUGCUCGAGUAUAAAAAGGGUGACUUUGUAGCUCUCUUGAGUGAGGAGAAGAUCAAGCUGAAAGGCCAGUUGUGGACAAAAGAGUGGUACAUUGGAUAUUACCAGGGUAGAAUGGGACUUGUUCACGCUAAGAAUGUGCUCGUGGUUGGCAAGGUUAAGCCCAUCUACUUUAGCGGGCCCGACCUUACAACUUCACUGUUGCUGGAGCAGAUCCUGAAGCCCUGCAAGUUCCUCACGUACAUCUAUGCCUCUGUAAGAACUAUUCUAAUGGAAAACAUCGGCAACUGGCGGGCGUUUGCGGAUGCUCUUGGAUACGUCAACUUGCCUCUGACGCACUUCUGCCGCGCAGAGCUGGACAGCGAGCCGGAGAGGGUGGCAUCUGUGCUGGAGAGGCUGAAGGAGGACUGCAACAAUGCAGAGAGCAAAGAGAGAAAGUCCUUCCAGAAAGAACUCCUGACAGCUCUGUUGAAGAUGGACUGCCAGGGUCUCGUGGCCAGGCUGGUCAUGGACUUUGUCCUCCUGACCACCGCAGUGGAGGUGGCAGGGCGCUGGAGGGAGCUGGCCGAGAGGCUUGUCAAGGUGUCGCGACAGCAGAUGGACGCUUACGAGGCUCCACACCGUGACAGGAAGGGGGUGGUGGACACAGAGGCCAUGUGGAAGCCGGCGUACGACUUCCUGGUCACGUGGGCCGCUCAGAUUGGCGACAGCUACAGGGAUGUGAUCCAGGAGCUGCACAUGGGCCUGGACAAGAUGAAGAACCCCAUCACAAAACGCUGGAAGCACCUGACCGGCACGCUUAUCCUGGUCAACUGCCUGGACGCCCUGCGGAGCUCAGCUUUCAGCCCCGCCGCUCAGGAUGACUACGCCAUUUGAAGUCUGCAUCACUCCUGCCAGCUCGCCUCACUCACGUGAAGCACCUUGAGAGAAGUUACACACGUUGAAAUGCUGUACAUCAGCCGUCUGCUCACUCUGAAUGCCACUACUGCUGUCGUAUGUUGUUGUUUUUGUUCCUGCGGCAUUGCCUUCAGCUCUUUCGUGCCCAGGGGGAACAUCACCCGACGGCCCCCACCACACAGUGCUAUACGGAGCUGGCAGUAUUCACAGAGACUCUUUUAAUAGCCCCUGUCUUGCACAGUUAUGUAUUUUUGUACUCCUUAUUAUGGCACAGCAAUUUUUAAAGCAACACUUUGGUUAAGAACUGUGGAUUGAAUGCCAAGAAAGACAAUUUUACACAAAAAAGACAUUUUUAGAUGUCUAAAGUGGUCAGAUGUCGACAUAUCCAUGUUACCAUAUCCUCGUCAAAUGUGUCAAAUUUGUUGUAUUUAUUUAUUCAUCAAAGAAACGUCAACAUUUCCUCUUCGUCUUUAUCUUCUGUCUCGAAGACGUCCAUCUCAUUUCAGAGAUCCGAAUAUGUUGAUGUCAAACUAAUUUAUUAAUCAUGCAGACUGAGUUUCCUUGCUCUCCAUCAGUAGAGGACGAUUAAUCAUUUUAUUAAUCAGCAGAUUUAUUUUGAUAUUAUUCAUUCUCAUCGUUUCAAAAUUGGAACCAUUUUUAUAUUCACCCCAAGGCUUUCUUACUCGUUUUGUUCCUGGGUCUUUUGAUCACACAUCUUCAUCAGCAGCCACAUAUAAGGCAAUUUGUUUGUUGCAAAUGUCUUUGUAGCUGACGUUUAUCAUUAACUUCAGGUGUGCAUACUUGGUAGCUGGGACUUAACAAGUUUAGGACUCUGGAGGAUGAAGGUCUGGAUUUGAAACUGUGGCGUACUUGUUAGAGCGAGGUAUCCCACAAUGUAUUUCGCUGGCUUCAUCAAGUCCACACCACACAAGUUACUUCUCAACGCAUCCUUGAUGGAACGGACAGGGCAAGAACACAUCCAGGUGUUUGGUCAGUUGUGUACUUUGACUUGGGACAGUACUUGGGCCGUGUCUGAUGACGUUUUCACAAGAAAAGACAAGAAUGUAUAUUAUUAAUAACGACCUAAACAUCCGCCUGAGGAUAAAAACCAAAAACUUUGUGGUAUCUGAAUUACUGCAAAUUCAAAGUGUGACUGAACAGUAGGAAGUUGCGCUUUCUGGAAAAAAAACCUGCCAUUACAGUAAUGAUGAAGAGAGAGUUGUUUGGGGUAAUUUGUUCAUAAAAACAAAGUUAGUUAUUCCCUUGAGAUGUCACGAAGGCACAUCUUCCCAGUGUUCAGCCUCACUUUGAAUAUUGCCAGUAGCGCAAACCAUUGUGAGUUACAGUAAUUCACAUACCGCAUGCUUUAAUGGAUCGCCGGCGGUCUGUUCGGUUUUAAAGGCCCUUGUUCUCUAGUAGUCGUUUAUGUUCCACCCCUUUUGGUUGUCACUCCACACGUUGAGACGAGUUCAACACGGGCCACGUAUCAAUACCAAGGACACAAACCUAGGACUUGCAUUACAGGCUCUGGUUAACCCCGGGUAACCCUCUUCAGUAUUUCCCACUCUGAAUGAUUCCCAGUAAAGACAAGCCGCGAAAAGAAAUCAAGAAAACGGAAGCUCCACUUCCAUCACCGCUAUCGGUUUGAAAAGGAAACGGCACCGAUGCCCUCGCCCCUCCAUCUGGGUGUUGAAUUUUAUGAAUGAAUUCUGUGAAUUCUAAGCCUGCUAUCAGCAUGGUGACUUUGGGCCGUGUUUCCUGUGUUGAGACCAGUACACAAAGGACUUGACAAAUUUUACUCUGAAGUACAGACGGAGCAGUCUUUUAAUAAUUUGGCACUUGUAAAAUACAUUCUGGGAUACCCUGGGAUAGACUUAGAUGCGUCCUCAGUAAAGUAAGUAAGGCAAAAACACAUCCAGGUAUUUGACCUGUACUUUUUCAAUGAAUUGGGACAGAACUUGUGAUCUUGUGAAACAUCUCAACUCCCUGACCAAGCACAGACAGGAACACAUAUUGAGAAACAUCCUUAGUCCUCUUGUCACCACUUCCGUGCACAUCUCUUCCCGUUCACGACUCGGGACUCAGUCUGCUGAUUAGUUGAACCUGAGAUGUAGAGAAAGCUCCUGAACAAAUGCGUAAGCUGACUGGGAGUUUAGAUUGUCCCAUCAUUAGUUAAUCUAUUGAUUAGUGAUACCAACAUUUUAGAGUACUUUCAGCCAAACCCUCCAUAUAACCCUCAGGGGUGUCAAACUUGUUUUACAGGGGCCCCAAUACAGCCAAUUUGAUCUGAAGCGGGCCAGACCAGUAAGCUAAUAGCGUCAUAACAUAUUAAUAAUGACAAUAACACAUUUCCCCUCUUUGUUUUAGUGCAAAGAACUAUAUGUACAUUAAUAAAACGUUUACAUUGAAUUUGCAUCCUCACAAAUCCGUGCUACAGCCCAGGUCCAGCCUUAUGGUGGGCUGGUUUUUGCCCUAGGGACAUAUGUUUGACACCCUGAUAUAUCGUCUCAUUUCUUUCCUGUCAUCAGCCUGUAUUCCUACUUUCAAAAAAAAAGUAUUUUCAUACCAAAGCUUGCCAAAAAUGAAAAGAGCUCCUCUCAGAUGUACAAUGUUGAGACCACUGUUGUAACGACACUGUCUGUCAAAGCUUCUGGUUAGGAUUCGUCUCAGUGCUGCAUACUGUAUAAUGUGAUAGUAACACAGCCAGUGGUGAGUCUGAAAACCUUUUUUUGUGACUGCAUACUUUUCGUGUAAAAGACUAAAUAAAAUGUAAAUAUUUGUACACACUUCUUUGUGAGAGUGUACCUUCUGCUGACACCGGGCCCAGCGUCACAGUCGGAGCUUCUUAUCUGUGGCUAGAGCGGCAGGCCGUCAUGCCUUAUCAGUGCUCUGUUUGUGGAACAGCGUGAAAAUACAUUGGCUUAGAGAGUGUGCACCAGAAAGAGAGAGACAGAGACUUUGGGGCAUCUUCUGGGUAAAAAACAGCAAGGUCAGAAGAAAUGAGGAAGAUAAGCCAGACAGGAUGAUGCUGGAGGUUUUCUUAAUGGUGAUGCCGACCUCCAGCUGGCUGACUGCUUAUCUUCACGCCUUCCCCGUCUUUCAGGGGUUUUAGUUUAAAGCGUCAACCUUCUACAGCCAAAAAAAAAAAAAAAAGGAAAGAGCCA